CAAUGGAGCUGUCAUGAUUAUUGAGUUGCCAAUUGGUGGGCAUAAAGGCACAUCCAGGAAAUUCAGUUACAUGUUUAUGGAUGCAUUCUGUAAUGUUCCACCUCAAGAUGGUGUCAAUGAUUUGGGUGCAAAAAGUUUAUAUACAAACCUCCAAAUAAAUGAAUAUGAAGAACUGGCCUGUUUGGUACCUCAACAUUUACUAAAUCCACAGAAUCCAGCACAAUACAAUACCCCUUGUGAUCAUGAAGUCUGCUAUUUUACUUAG